AUGGCACAUAAACCUGGGCGUCCCAUGAGGCAUCUGCUGCAACACUUCCUGACAAUUAAAGGCAGGAGGCUUCUGGGAAAGGGGACAGGAGAGCGUCAGGACCCGGAUGUCGUUGAGGAAAGAAACGCUCAGGUGCAGCUGGAGAAGGCCAAGUACAAACCUGUGGCAUUCGCAGUACGUUGCAACUUCUCUUACACUCCAGCAGACGACGACAACGUUCCUGUACCGGGCCAGGCCGUCACCUUUGAGGCCAGAGAUUUCCUCCAUGUCAAAGAGAAGUUUAACAAUGAGUGGUGGAUCGGACGGCCAGUGAAGGAGGAUGGUGUGGUGGGCUUCAUCCCCAGUCCAGUCAAUCUGGAAACCAUUCUCAUCAGGAGAGAAGUCCAGGCGAGGAAAGCUGCCAAGGCCUUAGCCAACAAAGCAUCAAAUCAAGUAGCUCAAGAUAUGAACUCAAAGAAAUAUACUCCUCCAUCACAAGCCAAUCAGCAGGUGAAAAAGAAACCAGGGGAGCAGGUGGCUAUGUAUGAUGUAGUGCCUACAAUGCGUCCUGUGGUUCUAAUGGGACCAUCACUGAAGGGCUUAGAGGUUACAGAUAUGAUGCAAAAAGCACUAUUUGACUUUUUAAAACAUCGAUUUGAAGGCAGAAUUACUAUUACACGGGUCACAGCAGACAUCUCUCUGGCCAAACGGUCCAUCCUCAACAACCCUGGCAAAAAGGCCUUAAUGGACCGGUCGAACACACGCUCCAAUUUAGCCCAGAUCCAGGGUGAGGUGGAGCGAAUCUUUGAGCUCGCCCGCAGCCUGCAGCUGGUGGUUCUAGAUGCAGACACAGUCAACCACCCUCUCCAGGUGGCCAAGACCUCCCUGGCACCGAUCCUAGUCUAUGUCAAGAUCUCAUCACCAAAAGUGUUAACAAGGUUGAUCAAGACUAGAGGGAAAUCACAGACCAAACAUCUUAAUGUUCAGUUGGUGGCAGCAGACAAGCUCGCCCAAUGCCCCUCGGAAAUGUUUGAUGUCAUCUUAGAUGAGAACCAGCUAACUGAUGCCUGUGAGCACAUUGCUGAUUAUCUGGAGUCUUACUGGAGAGCCACUCAUCCACCAGAGAUGGAGCCUGCCAACGCACUAGUGGCUCAGCUGGCUGAGAAUACACUGCCCACCAGUCCUUCAGCAAUACCGGAUGGGCAGAAAAACAAGAAGUCGGCUGCCCCCAAGAGGAAGGGUUCUCGGGAGAACCAUCUAGACCAGGAUCCCCCUUCAGCCCCAGCACAGGAAGAGAGGGCUGAGGAGGGCCAAAGAGAGGAGGAAGAGCGUCUCCUGAGGACUGAACCAAAGAGACCCCAGCACACCCACCACAAUCACCAUCACCACCACCAUCACCGCCGUGUGGAGCAUCACAGCCACACUCAGCACAACCAAACAUCCGGUGCCAUGGAAGUACAGUCGAGCAGGGAUUAUAGCCAGAGGCUGCCACGCAGGCACCUGCCUGAGGAGAGGGAGGAAGAGGUGGAGGAUGUGGUGGAGGAGGACGAGGAGGAGACUCGCUAUAACCACCGGGGCCAUAACCACCACCAUCACAACAGCAACCAUCACCACCAUCACCACCACCAACAUCACCGUGGGAACAGCCAGCCACACGUCGGGGAAGACUAUGAGCAGGAGCACAAUGAGCGCAACCGGCAGCACAGGCACCACCAGCAUAUUCCACCACGGACACACCAGAAGGAUCACUAUCCUGCACACAAUCAUCACAACUACCACCACUACCACGGCAGAGACAGGGACAGAGACAGAGACAGAGACAGAGAUAGAGAAAGACACAAGGACAGGGUAAGAGACAGAGACAGGGACAGAGAUAGGGACCGAGGCAGAGAUAGAGACAGAGAUGCUCGACAAUGGCACAGGGACUCCUAUAUACACUAGUGACUGUGUUGUUUCUUCCGUGGGUUGGUGCAUGGUUUCUAUGCUGCUCAAGUAACAAUGCACUAAAGGAUGGGGCAGAGUGGUGUGUCAUCUUAGUAGACAAUGUUUCUCCUCGUAUUGUUUGCCAUUUUUUUUUAUUAUUCCCCUCUGCCACUCAUGCUGACACACUUUCUCCUUUCUUGUUCUUCACCCAAAUGAAUAUUAUCUCUUUUGUCUGUCUUAUUUUCACAUGGCUCUAUCUGUGUGUAUUUUUGCACAAACAUUAGUCAAGAUAAAUGCAACAGCGUGCUCAUGCUGCAUCUGUUCUAAAGGUUUUCAUUUUGCAUUGGUCACACAAAUGUAAGGAAGCCAAGGACGGUCACGGUUGCUGUUAUCUCAGGAUAAAAUGUUUGUUUUCUUGUGAUAACAGGAUAAGUCAGAGUUGCUUGUACACUUAGCUAAAACUAAUGCUGUGUAAUGCAACAGUCCAGCAAUAUAUCCUACCUUCAUAAAGGUUAUUAUGAUCAGUUUUUGUGUUGAAUUGUAUUGCAUUGUUUCUGUUUAUGAGGCUCUAGAAGCACUUCACACCAGUUGACGUCUGGGCGUAGUUCUGACUGUGCAAAGUGAGAGACAGUAGACGAGAGUCUGCGAUAGAGGGGGCCUUUUUCACACUGUUAUUCAAUUCAACAGCGUCUCAAACUACAUCGUCCAAAAUGACCAUCCAGAUGAAUCAAUACCUAGCUAGGUAUACCUAAUAAACUGGCAACUGACUGUAUUUUGAGAAAAACAAAACAUCCUCUUCCUGAGAUGUCUCUAAAAAAACAAGUUAUUUUCCCAACAUAGCAAAAUAAUUAUCUUGUAUAUCGAUGUUCAAACUAUAAUUAAAACUAUAACUAAAUAAUUAGUCGAUUGUGACAUAAUA